GUGUAAACGCUAGAGCUCCCAGCCCCCCCCCCCCGCGAUGCCGGAAGCAGGCCCUCGUGCAGCAGCAGGCACAGCUGCUUCCGAGGCCGCGGCGCUGGCAGGGGAGCGUUGCGGGGAGGCGGAGCGAGCACGGGCGCGCCGGCAGCGCGGCGCUCGGGCUGCCUCGGCCCCUGGCUGCAGCAUGUGGAGGCCGGGGCCGCCUCGGGUCCUGGCUGCGGCCGCCGCGCACCUGAGCAGGCGGGCGCGGCCGGCGGGGAAAGCCGCUGCCGCAGGGCGCCAGGCCGAGUCUCAUCUGCAGCAAUUAACCUUUGGAACAUGGUCUAAGAACAAGAAUGUUAAACUUAUGAAUUUAAGAAAUGUAGGAACUUUGAGUAAUGAAAGCUCUUUAGAUGAAACUACUUAUGAAAAACUGGCUGAAGAAACACUGGACUCAUUGGUAGAGUUCUUUGAGGACUUAGCAGAGGAGGCUUUUACACCAGAAGAUUAUGAUGUCUCCUUUGGGAUUGGGGUGUUAACAGUUACAUUAGGUGGAGACAUGGGAACCUAUGUAAUCAACAAGCAGACGCCAAACAAACAGAUUUGGUUGUCAUCUCCUACUAGUGGACCCAAGCGCUAUGACUGGACUGGAAGAAACUGGGUGUACACUCAUGAUGGAAAGUCCCUUCAUGAACUCCUGCAAAUGGAACUCUCAACAGCAUUAAAAACUAAAUUAGACUUAUCUCCUUUAGUACAUUCUGGGAAAGAAGAUACUUGAUCAUUGUCUGCUUCAAGAAAUCAAAAGACUUUGGUCGGUGGUCUUUCUCUGAUUGAUAGUUCCUGAGCUAAUUUUUUGUUCCAUUUUUGCCCUCCUUUUUUAUUUUGUGUUUCUAGCUUCACAACAUUGUGUAACAAAGUGAGAAUAAUAUAUUUUUGUUCUUAGCUCCUCAUAUUUGAGUUUCCUCUGUGUAAAUGUGUGAAUUUAUGUACAAGUUGUCUGGAUUUAUUUUUUCCCAUCAUUGCAUUCCCAGCUAACAGCACAGUGUGCACUCUAUUGGUGCUGAAUCAUGUUUUGAUUAGUCAGUUGGGCUUGGCUGGUGAUUUCUUAUCAGUGCAGCAACUCUAAACAAUGUACAGAUGGGCUGCCACAGUCAAAGGAAACCCUGAUACUCCCACUGGAACAAUUUGUGGUACUUUAUUCAGAGCCCAAGAAGACUGGGAUUAAUUGAUGGCAAUAGGGUAUUAAAUGUGAAUAAGAGUAUUGCAACAUGGUCCAUUACAUUUAGUUAGUCAUGAAGGAAAUAAGUAAGGGGGAAAUACUCUUCUUUUUUUCCUGUGAUGGAUGUACUAGAAAUCUUCCUCAGAAAACAUUGCAGAAUUUACCCUCUAAUCUUUAUUUCUGCCCUUUCCUCCAAUCUCUAGGUUCCUUUACCUUUACCUUAUUUUUCCAAGAUGUGCUUUAUACCUCUUUCCAGGCUGUUCUCUGUGUAGGUCUUGGUGAUGCAUGGAGUUAGAGAAGAAAGCUUUGAUUUUUGUAUAAAGAGUGUGUGUGUGUGUGUUUAUACACACCAUAGUAGAGAAAGUGGUUUUUAAUAUUUUCCUCUUAUUAUGAGCUCCUUCACAGAGUAAGGGAACAGGGCAUGAAUAUGUUGACUUUUAAAAUGAUAAAUAAGCAAAUUAAAGUUAUUGUAUUGACAUAGCACAAAAAAGCAAAAGGUCAAGUGUUGCAUUGGUAUGUUAUGAGUGCACUACUGAUGUGGCUGAAAUCAUACUGCUUUUGGCUUUACGCAUCUCAACACAAACAGUUGCUUGUAUCAAUAGUAUAAUAAUGCAAACCCUGUUGUCUUGGAACUGGGAAGGUGGAAUCUUCUGUCAGACUGAGAAGCAGCAGACAAAAUAAGUUAUUUAUGCAGUAUUACACCAAAUGACUUAUAAAAAAUCAUUUAGUAAGUAACAUGCAAACCUGUAACACUAAAACUUGCCUCAUUGUAUCAUUGCCAUUAAUGCUCUAGAAAUGCUCAAGUUGCAGCAAGGGAAGUUUAGGUUAGAUGUUAGGAAGAACUUUCUCAUUAGGAGGGUAGUAAUACUAGAACAGAUUAUCCAGAGAGGUUGUGAACUCUCUAUCCUUGGAGGUUUUUAAGACCUGGCUAGACACAGCCUUCACUGGGAUGAUCUAUGGGGAUGGUCCUUCUCUGAACAGGAGGUUGGACUAGAUGACCUCCUUAUGUCUCUUCCAACUCUAAUUUUCUAUGAUUCUGUGAUUCUAAAAUAAACCAUAAGAAGGAGCAUAAAGCUGUGCUCUCAUGCUUGAGAGAGAGACUAAACCAAACGUAAGUGUUAAUGUUAUAUUAAAAGAGGCCUGGUGAAUUAUUUUGAAAUGCAGCAUUUUCUUACGCACUGGAUUCCACUGACUGUUCUUACAUUCAGUUGAUUUUGCUAGCUGACAUUGUUACUGGCAUAAUAAUACACCGUUUAAAAAUACCAAUGAAAUAAAUAGUAGUAUUCAAAUAAAUAUUGAUAUAAAUAUAGGAAAGUAGGUCUGGAACAUACUUUACAAGGUCAUCUAGUCCAGCCCCCUGCUCAAUACCUCCCUUGCUUAAUCAGAGCCAAUGUCUAACCUCCUCUUGAAAAUUUCCAGGGAUGGAGAUUCCACAGUUUCUUUAGGUAGCCUGUUCCAACGCUUGACCACCCUCACAGAAAGUUCCUCCUAAUCCCCAACCUAAAUUUCCCUUGCUGGUAUUUGAAGCCGUUGCUCCUAGUCCUGCCUCUUGCAUACAUAGACAAAAGUCCCUCUCUAUCCUCCCUGUAAUCACCCUUCAGGUAUUUGAAGACUCUUAUCAAAUCCCCCCUCAGUGUUCUCUUCUCUAAACUAAAUAACCCUAGUUCUUUCAUCUUUUCCUAAGUUUUGUCUCCUGGGCCUUUAAUGAUUUUUGCUGCUCUAUGUUGGACUAUUCAAACUGUCCACGUCUAUCUUGGAAGUGUGGCCCAAAACUAGACAUAGUAUGCCAGGUGAGGACUCAACAGCUCUGAACAGAGCAAAAGAAUCACUUCCCUUGAUUUGCAAGUGACACUGAGUAAUACAACCCAGUAUGCUGUUGUUUUUGGGGGUGUUUUGCAACACGAAUACACUGUUGGCUCAUAUUCAGCUUAUGGUCUACUGUAUCCCCUGGGUCCUUCUCUGCAGCACUGCAGCCUAGCAAGCCAUUCCCCAGUCUGUAGUUGUGCACAAAAUGUUUCUGUCCCCAGUUGCAGGACUUUGCAGUUCCCCUUUCUGAAUCUUAUCUGAUUGAUUGAAGACCAGUUCUCCAGUCUAUUCAGGUCAUUCUGGACCCUAGCCCUGCUCUCCAGAGUAUCCGCGAUUCCACUCAACAUGGUGUCAUCUGCAGUUUUGCUAAUUGUUCACUUGAUCUCAUUGUCCAUAUCAUUAAUAAAUGCAAUGUGCAAUA